AUGGACGGCCAAUGUCCUCCACAAGGCAAAACUCCCCAGCCAAAAUAUAAGCAGAGAAGAACGCUUAGCACUCAAAAAUCUGAAACAAAACAGUAUUUUGAGUCUACCAGCAGACAAAAGGAACACGACGGUGAUGUGUUGGUUAGAAGGAACGGAGAUGGUACUUUAAGCCAUCAGGUCUAUCGAAAACCAACAUACACAGAUCGAUAUCUUUACGCCACCUCUCACCAUUAUCCUUCGCAAAAGAAUUCAGUCAUUAGUUCACUGGUAUAUAGAGCCUUUAAAAUUUCCGAAACAACUUCUUUGAAUGGGGAAUUAGAACAUCUUAAUCAAGUUCUAACAAAAAAUGAAUAUAAUAGUAGAAACAUCAGUCAAACAGUCCAAAGAUUAAAGAACAAAAAAGAGAAAGAAAAAGAAAGAGAAGAUAACAAGAUGGCUUUCCUUCCGUAUCUUCAAGGGUACAUAGGAAAAACCGGGAGGAAGAUCAAUACACAAAUCAAAGGACAUCAACGGUGUACCAAAUACGGCCACUUUUCUCAAUCAGCCUUAGCCGAAAACUGGAUGGAGACUGGACACUCCGUGCAAUACGAAAAAGUUACAAUGUUAGCUCUUUCUCAAGGUUACAUUGCCAGGAAACAUCGUGAAAGUCUAGAAAUUUUGAAACAUCCCGAUAACCUUAAUCGUAAUAAAGGUUAUCAGAUAAGUCCGAGGCAUACUGUUCUCCCGGUUUUUUAA